AUGAAUGUUUCAUUUACGGAACGUUUAAUGGAAUUAAACAAUGCUCGUGAAAGGUCACUUAUCUCGGAGGAAGAGUACUGCAUGUUAAGGUUGAAGAUAUUUGAUGCUUUUACAUCAUCAUCCACCCCAUCGACCACUUCAAGUGUAACUCAAUAUACCCAACCUCAACAACAACCUCUUUCGUCUCCUAAUGACAAAUCGCAGCAACAACAUGUAACUUUCAGCCAACAGACCUUUAAUUCUUCUCCAGCAAAGCCACUUUCAGGUAAAACGAAGAUACCAUCGGCGCAAUCAGUCCAUUCUUCAAAUGGCUCUUUAUCAUCUACCCAACAAUCUCCACAAUCUCCACAAUCUCCACGAUUACUUUCACGUCAAAUUAACGAUAACAUUAGUAAUAACAUCAUGAAUGACUCUUCAACACCAGAAAACGUAAUAGGAACUAAUUCAGUUUCACCUACUAAUCAGAUAUACAUUCCUAAAAGAACACGUUCAAGUUUGGCUUCCCAUGCUCUUCAGGAAACCAAUAUUAAUAAUAAUGAAGAAUUAUCUGUAAAGACAACACGAGGAUUAUCGACGCUUUCAGAAUCUCAACACACGACUACUACAAGUGCUAGUAUAAAAUCACCAUCAUCUCCACCACCCUCAAUGUCAAGUUCAAUUCCUAUUUUAAAGACAAUAAUACGUGAUUCUUCUGCAUCGAAAAAGAAUCUUUCUAUGAAUCGUUCUACUCCAAUGGCUUAUAUUAAUCCUGAUCCUACUUCUUUAUUUGCUCACAAUAAUAGUACUAACAAUCAUAAUGUAACUACCAAUAUUAUGAAUCAUAACGAAUUGAACAAUGGUGAGAUUAAUAAUAUUAAAAAUGAAGAAAAUCACCUUACUAACGGGAGAAUUACGAGCUAUGAUAACAUGAAUGCUAUGGGGCACAGCGUUGAAAAUGUAAAUACUAACAAUGAUGAUAAUAGCAUUAACAGUGGCGUAAUGUGCCACACUAGCAUAAACAAUGGUGUAAUGAAUCAGAGUGAUGAAAGAACUGAAAUGAUUCAAACAAGUGUGAAUAGGAUGAAUUUUAUGAAUAAUAUGAAUGGAAAUAGUGGUGAUGACGAUGAUCGACUAGUUUCGUCGCUUCAACCCUUUUCCCAGUCUCAAUCAGCACCUCUACCACAACAAAGACAAAAUAUAAAUUCCGUUACUUUAUCUGCAAGGCAAAUUAGAUCCCGUAGUCUUGGUCCUAGCUCUGUUCUAUCUUCAGAUAACGAUACAAAUAACAAUAAUAUUAACAAUAACAAUAACAAUUAUAAUAAUAAUGACAAUGAUAAUAAUAAUGGAUCUUCGAAUUCAAAUAGUUUUACCAAUAGACUCAGAAAUAGAAAUAGUCAUGGAAAUCUCAAUACAAGACGUUCAUUGAAUUUUGGAGAAGUUAUGAACUCACUAAAUCGUGGCGGUGAUCUUGUUGAAACAGGUAAACAUCAGUAUGAACAAUCUGUACCAGAAGUUCCACCACCGCCUUACUCACCUCCAGAAUCAUCUCCCGAACUUCGUAAAGAACUUUUGAAAUUAACCGAAGAAUCGAAGAAAGAACAAGAUAGUUGGAGAAUUGAGGAAGCUAGGUUAAGAAUGCGAAUAAAUUCUAAGCCUGAAGAAAUUGAACGGGUUAAAAGGAAAAUGAAAGAAUCUAAUGAGAAAUACCGGAAAAAAAUUGAAGCUGUAACUGCAAAAUUGAGGCAGUUGAGUUUUAAUAACGUGGAUGGGAAUUAA